AUAGCCCGAGUUUAUAUAUAAGCCUUCAAGCUAUUAGGAAGAAGAAUCCCUAAGAAAAACAAUGCUUAAGAAAGGUGUCAAAUCUAGAGUCGUGCAAGUAGACUCUCAAGAAAAAUGGAACCACAUCACAUCUAAGCCUAUGUAUCAAGAUUCUCCUAUAAUAGUGAAUUUUACUGCAAUGUGGUGCAAACCUGCAACAGCAAUGGAGCCAUUGUUUCAAGAACAAGCUUUGAUACAUAAAGAUGCCAUUUUCUUAUCUGUUGAUGUGGAUGAGGUGAAGGGAUUGAGGGAGAAAAUGAAAAUAAAAGCAAUGCCUACUUUUUUAAUGAUGACAUCUAACAAAAAUAAAGAAUGGGAAGUGAUGGAUAAAGUUGUUGGUGCUAAUCCAAAAGAGAUCAAGAAGAGAAUAGCUGCUUUUAUUCAAUUUGGUUGCAUACAAGUCCAAAAUAACGUUGAAGUUUUAGAGUUUUAGUUAAUUAAGCACAAGUUAUUUCAAAAAAUAUCUCUAGAUAUUCUUCAAGAUUUUGGAAUAGGUUUGUAAUGUAAAUCCUAUAAAAAAAGAUUGUUGUACACUUGUACUUUGAUCUAUCAAAUAAAACAUUCUAGUAAGUUUGUUAAA